GAUGCCCAACCAAACGGUCCCUUCACAAGCCGUGGAUAGAAGCCGAAACUCUACUUCUUGUACUUUUAACAUCAUCGCCGCCGCAAGUUCUCCCACAUUUCAUCUCCACCUGGUUCAACACCAACCACCGAUCCAAAAUCCCAACCACCAUACACAAAAAUCGAAGCUCAUCUCACUCUGGAGUCUCUACACACAUCUCGGAAACUCGAUCUGGGAUCUGAAAAUGGAGAUGGAGAGGGAGCUGGUGGAGUUGUUCGAAGCGGCGAAGAAGGCGGCGGACGCUGCGGCGAUCGACGGAGCUGCGUCGGGAGGUCCGAAGGUGGAUCGAUGCAUCGAUGUGCUGAGCCAGCUCAAAAACUACCCGGUGACGUAUGAUGUUCUUGUGUCAACGCAGGUUGCAAAACGGCUUCGACAUCUAACAAAACAUCCUGCAGAGCAGAUUCAGACAAAAGUUUCUGAUGUGCUCGACAUUUGGAAAAAGAUAAUCAUUAAUGAAGCAUCUAGAAAGAAAAAUGAUGGCUCCGAUAUUAAAAGUUCAAAAAAGACUGAGGUUACAGAGACAAAGUCUGUCAAAGUUCAAGAGGUUCGUAAACCUGGAAGCUUUUCAAGAUCAGAGUCUAUCAAAGUUGAGAAGAAAGUGGGGGCUGUGGAUACUGUCAAGGCGGGGAAGAUACCGAAGGAAGAGAAACACGUAGUUUCAAAAACAGAAACUAUCAAGGUUGAGAAGAAAGUUGGGACUGUGGAUAAGGCUGAGAAGACUGAUUGGAGCAAUACUGUUAAGGUUGAAAAGAUACCAAAGGAAGAGAAACCGGCUUCUAGCGCAAAGAAACCAUCACAAGCAUGUAAUGCUCCCCCAAAGCUGAAAUCAUUGCUCAAAUGUAACGAUGCUGUGCGUGACAAACUUCGGGAACUUCUGUUAGAGGCCUUUGCCAAAGUUCCUGAGGAGGUCAAUGAGGACAUGAAGGAUGACGUAGAUGCAUCUGACCCAAUGCGAGUUGCUGUAUCUGUAGAAUCUGUCAUGUUUGAGAAAAUGGGUCGGUCUAAUGGGGCCCAGAAGGUCAAAUAUAGGUCUAUAAUGUUUAACCUCAAGGAUCCGAAAAACCCUGAUUUGAGGAGAAGAGUGCUUCUUGGACAGGUCGAGCCAGAGAGGCUAAUCAAUAUGACCCCAGAAGAAAUGGCCAGUGAUGAGAGGCAACGCGAGAAUAAGCAUAUUAAAGAGAAAGCUUUAUUUGAUUGUGAGCGUGGCGGUGCACCAAAAGCCACAACUGAUCAAUUCAAGUGUGGUCGUUGUGGUAAACGUAUGUGCACUUACUAUCAACUACAGACUCGGAGUGCAGAUGAACCAAUGACAACAUUCGUAACUUGUGUAAACUGUAACAACCAUUGGAAGUUUUGUUAGAAUGAUUUCCAGUCGAAUGGCUAUUCACUAUUCACGUGGAAUGGUGAAUAUUCUCGAGCAAGGUUCUGCAGUUGUUCUGAUCUUUUCCUAUUCCAGAGACAACCCAUCCAUGGAUAUGUAUUUCUUCCAGGGGUCAUUUAUUGUAGGGGAUACCUCACCUAUGGUGGUGAAGCGUUUAGAUUUGGAGAUUAUGCCGAAUCCUAGGUAAGGCACAUUUUUCAAUUAAUAGACAUUAGAUUUUCGUUCACUUAGUUUUUCUAUUUUUAUGUUUGCUUGUACCGGUUGUGAAGAACUAACAUUAUGCCAAGUCCAUAAAAUGUUUUUAAAAUUGGAAGACAAAUUUUAACUUUUUCAGUCUGUCUAUAUGCACAUGCUUGUUUUAAAA